AUGAGUAUUAGAGAAAAAGAAAAGAUGGCCCUCUUUUUCAUUAAAGAAUUACAGAGCAUGGAAAUAAGUCGUAACGACUUGGAGUGGGAUCGAGACGAUCCAACUUCACUUCUUGGAAAUGGAGAAUUCGCUUCAGUUUAUCGAGGAACAUUCAUGUUACCUGGACAGAGCGAACCAACACAGGUGGCUGUGAAAUUAUGGAGUAAAGAACUAAACGAGUCCACCGCGAUUGGCUUCCUUUCUAAGACAGAAACACUGAGGAAGCUUGGCUCUCCCUUUUUUGUCAAGUUCUGUGGAACAGCAUUGCUGAAGGAAGGCGAUCAAUUGCGCGUGAUACAUGCUUUGGAAUUGUGCAAGGAAAACUUGAUGAAUCAUAUUUUUCAGAAUCCUGAAAACAUUCCUGAAUCGUCUGGAAAAACAUCCGCCAAGAAUAAGGUGCUGUGUUGGGCAAAGGACGUAGCUGCUGCCAUAGAGUUUAUACACAACCAGGGUAUUGUUCACCGCAACUUCAAGCUGGAGAAAAUUUUGGUGAGUUUCAAAUAUGUCUGA